AGACAUCUAUUUUGAAUUCGCAAACAAAAGCCCGUUGACAAUUAACAUUGACAACAACUCUGUUAAUAAUUAAAAGUGUAAAACACUUCGAAUGCCAGAGUAUCCAAGUAGGACUAUCCACGGUGGUGACCUAUCGCUAACACGGAUAGCGUGGCUGCGUCUAGAAGUGUUUAUAACUCGCAAGAAAGUUUACUUAAUCUUGAAGCUAGUUUGAUCGUCCAUGUGCGGUAAAUAUUUCUUCCAAAAUAUUAUAGGUCACAGUACCAGUAGUUGUGUUUACCAUACGAAAUCUAUGUUGCCGUAGAGCCUACAUCAUAGACAUUGCGCAUCGUAAUUGUUAUAAUGGUUGAACCAUCACAACUAAAGGAAUCAAUACCGAUCCACGAAUGGGAUACAGUGAGUUGCAAAGGUCAGUCAUUACGACUGUCUGAGCGUCAACAAAUAUCUCGAGCUCACUCCGAGCCACUUGAUUUGUACGAUAAACAGUUCCAAACCAGAGUGUCCAGAGUUUCAUCCGAGAGAUCUCGUCGAGCUAAGUCAUGCAGAUCGGAGAUGGACAUAACAUCGAUGGGACAACAGAACAGACAAAGACUUAUCGAGGCUUUUCUACCAGAUAUAAGGCGAAAGCACGCGAGAAUGGGCUUUACUCACAAAGUCAAUCCGUUCAACUUAAACCAGGAAAAGCUAAAAACUAUUCAAGUGCGCGCGAAGACGACAUGGGAUGAUAGAUUAUUGCCCGAGCACAGGGAUGUUACACUAGGAUUCGGUGGAAAGGCCGCUAAUAAUACAACACCUAGACCCAUAUGGGUAGCCAAGUCACUUCCAAUGAACUCCAUGAACGACACUCUUUUCCCUGAAGAGUAUCCAGCCUUAUAUGCCUACGUAAAAAAACAGCAUUGGGACUAUAGGGACCUGCGCUUUAUGCAACGACCUCUUCCUAAACGUACCUCAACAAAGUAAGUCCCUCUAUAAUCAAGACUCACCGAAAUGGAUGACAGAGGAAUGACAUCUCUAACGAUAACAAACCAAAUUAUCGUUGAUUGAUGUUUAUUGUUAAUUGGUUGCAACGCUUCCUUACUGAAGAGAGGAUCAGUAAACAUUAAAGGGGCAGUGUCAUUAUUUGUCAUGGUGGUCCACAAAAGGCUAACCAUCUGAGUAUUUUAUAUGACAUUUAAACUUUAAUUAAAUGUUGAUCAGUUGACGGUGACAGCCGCUUUUAAAAUCACUGAUAUACAAUGAGCUAAAUGGAAUUUUGAUUUACACCGUUCAA